GAAUGAAUCCUGUCCACUAAACUCAAAAAUCCUCCGCAUGCCGAGAGCUGCAUAUAAAUAGAGUCAUUAUCGACCCGUUCAUCAAUGUACAAAACUCCCACAGAAGCCCGUACAAAUCCCCUGUUCAAUUGAAUUGAGAAUGGCAGGAAAUCCAAGGCCAGUAGAAGUGGAUCUAACAGUCAUUUCUGCAAAAGAUCUGAAAAAUGUUAACUGGCGAUAUGGCGAUCUGCGUCCCUAUGCCGUAGCCUGGGUUGAUCCAGACAUUAAGGUUUCGACUCAGGUCGACCCAGAGGGCGACACGAAACCCUCAUGGAACGAGAAGCUCAUCGUUCCCGUCACAAAGCCGCUGCAGGACGCCGAGCUGACGAUCGACAUUGUCCAUGAAAAGGCCUCCGAUCUGACCAAACCUCUAGUUGGAACUGCUCGGAUUCGACUCGCAGAAAUCCUGGACGAAGUGGGGUUCGACCAGAGGCAAGAACGGACCCUCAAAUUGAAGCGCCCUUCUGGCCGCCCGCAGGGUAAGCUGGAGAUUGCGAUCUGUGUGAGGGAAAAGCGAUGGCCCCAGCAGGAGUACCCUUACCCACAGCCCUACAGCACAAGGGACUAUGCCCCUCCCCCUGCCCCGCAGCCCUACGGCACAAGGGACUAUGCCCCUUCUGCCCCUUAUCCAUACCAGCAAUACCCAUAUGGUGCAAACCCUCCUCCACAGCAAUACCCAUAUGCAUAUGAUUCAAACCCUCCUCCACAGCAAUACCCAUAUGCAUAUGGUUCAAACCCUCCUCCACAGCAAUACCCUUAUGGUAGGAACCCUCCUUCAGGGUACCCUAGUGGACCUUAUGGGAACCCUUAUCCAGAAGAGGCCCCUGUUUCUUAUGGGGGUUCUUCUGGUUAUGGCAGUGGGCCUGCUUAUAGCGAGACUGAGAAGCCCAAGAGCAGUAAGUUUGGAGUUGGGACUGGUUUGGCUGUGGGAGCUGUGGCUGGGGUUUUGGGUGGCUUGGCUCUGGCUGAGGGAGCUGAUUAUGUUGAGGAUAAGAUUGCUGAUGAUGUUGCAGAGAAGGUUGAGGAUGAUUAUGCUGAUCAGGGUGGAUAUGAUGAUUAUGAUGGUGGUGAUGACUUCUAUGAUGGUGGUGAUGACUUCUGAAAAGUGGUCUCCAUUAUAGGAUAUAUCUUUCUGGUGUUGGUGUGAGUUUUGAUCCAGAAUUGUUUUGUUUCUGCAUGAAAGCAUUGUUGUGAGAAUUUUGAAUUUCAAUAAAUCUUGCAGUUGUUUACUGCUAGAAAGCAAUUAUCUUUA